UCGCCGCCCCCGCCUCAGGGCCGAGUGAAAGUGCCCGUCGCGCCGGGUCGCCCCCUGCGCCACCUCCUCGCCCCCGGUGGCGGGUGCCGUUCUCGAUCGAAGCACUCCCCCCAGCUCCAUGAAUGGAAAUCGGCUCCGCAGGACCCGUUGGGGCCCAGCCCCUACUCAUGGUGCCCAGAAGACCUGGCUAUGGCACCAUGGGCAAACCCAUUAAACUGCUGGCUAACUGUUUUCAAGUUGAAAUCCCAAAGAUUGAUGUCUACCUCUAUGAGGUAGAUAUUAAACCAGACAAGUGUCCUAGGAGAGUGAACAGGGAGGUGGUUGACUCUAUGGUUCAGCAUUUUAAAGUAACUAUAUUUGGAGACCGUAGACCAGUUUAUGAUGGAAAAAGAAGCCUUUACACCGCCAAUCCACUUCCUGUGGCAACUACUGGGGUAGAUUUAGACGUUACCUUACCUGGGGAAGGUGGAAAAGAUCGACCUUUUAAGGUGUCAAUCAAAUUUGUCUCUCGGGUGAGUUGGCACCUACUGCAUGAAGUACUGACAGGACGGACCUUGCCUGAGCCACUGGAAUUAGACAAGCCAAUCAGCACUAACCCUGUCCAUGCUGUUGAUGUGGUGCUACGACAUCUACCCUCCAUGAAAUAUACACCUGUGGGGCGUUCCUUUUUCUCAGCUCCAGAAGGAUAUGACCACCCUCUAGGAGGGGGUAGGGAAGUAUGGUUUGGAUUCCAUCAAUCUGUUCGGCCUGCCAUGUGGAAAAUGAUGCUUAAUAUCGAUGUUUCUGCCACUGCCUUCUACAAAGCACAACCUGUAAUUCAGUUCAUGUGUGAAGUUCUUGACAUUCAUAAUAUUGAUGAGCAACCAAGACCUCUGACUGAUUCUCAUCGGGUAAAAUUUACCAAAGAGAUAAAAGGUUUGAAGGUUGAAGUGACUCAUUGUGGAACAAUGAGACGGAAAUACCGUGUUUGUAAUGUAACAAGAAGGCCUGCCAGUCAUCAAACCUUUCCUUUGCAGUUAGAAAAUGGCCAAACUGUGGAAAGAACAGUAGCGCAGUAUUUCAGAGAAAAGUAUACUCUUCAGCUGAAGUACCCCCACCUUCCCUGUCUGCAAGUGGGGCAGGAGCAGAAACAUACCUACCUGCCACUAGAAGUCUGUAAUAUUGUUGCAGGGCAACGAUGUAUCAAGAAGCUAACGGACAAUCAGACUUCCACUAUGAUCAAGGCAACAGCAAGAUCUGCACCAGAUAGGCAAGAGGAAAUUAGCAGAUUGGUAAGAAGUGCAAAUUAUGAAACAGAUCCAUUUGUUCAAGAGUUUCAAUUUAAAGUUCGGGAUGAAAUGGCCCAUGUAACCGGACGUGUACUUCCAGCACCUAUGCUCCAAUAUGGAGGACGGAAUCGGACAGUAGCAACACCAAGCCAUGGAGUAUGGGACAUGCGAGGGAAACAAUUCCACACUGGAGUUGAAAUAAAAAUGUGGGCCAUAGCUUGUUUUGCUACACAGAGGCAGUGCCGAGAAGAAAUAUUGAAGGGUUUCACAGACCAACUACGAAAGAUUUCCAAGGAUGCCGGAAUGCCCAUCCAGGGCCAGCCAUGUUUCUGCAAGUAUGCACAGGGGGCAGACAGUGUGGAGCCCAUGUUCCGGCAUCUCAAGAACACCUACUCAGGACUGCAGCUCAUUAUUGUCAUCCUGCCAGGGAAGACGCCUGUGUAUGCGGAAGUGAAACGUGUAGGAGAUACACUUUUGGGUAUGGCUACACAAUGUGUUCAAGUCAAGAAUGUAAUAAAAACAUCUCCUCAAACUCUCUCAAACUUGUGCCUAAAGAUAAAUGUUAAACUUGGAGGAAUCAAUAAUAUUCUUGUACCUCAUCAAAGACCUUCUGUGUUCCAGCAACCAGUGAUCUUUUUGGGAGCAGAUGUCACUCAUCCACCUGCUGGUGAUGGAAAGAAGCCUUCUAUUGCUGCUGUUGUAGGUAGUAUGGAUGCCCACCCAAGCAGAUACUGUGCCACAGUAAGAGUUCAGAGACCUCGACAGGAGAUCAUCCAGGACUUGGCCUCCAUGGUCCGAGAACUUCUCAUUCAAUUUUAUAAGUCAACUCGGUUCAAACCUACUCGUAUCAUCUUUUAUCGGGAUGGUGUUUCAGAGGGACAGUUUAGGCAGGUAUUAUAUUAUGAACUACUAGCAAUUCGAGAAGCCUGCAUCAGUUUGGAGAAAGACUAUCAACCUGGAAUAACCUAUAUUGUGGUUCAGAAGAGACAUCACACUCGAUUAUUUUGUGCUGAUAGGACAGAAAGG